CAGACAGAGACCAUCACCCACAACCACUUCCACGGUUCUACCUAUCAUGAAACAGAGGAGCUUGUCCUUCUUCCUCUUUAAGUUAUGUUCGAUGUUCUCUCCUCUCUUUCACAGCCACAACCAAAUUACACGCAUCUCUCCGAUCGCUCUGCCUCUCUCUUUCUCGCACACACAUUCAGUAUAGAAAGAAGAGCAGCCAUGUCUGAAAGAAUCUAUCCUGCUUCCAGGCCCGCCGCAAAUGGCACCGCGUCUGUCGCUGCAGCCACAAAACCGCCUUUCCCCGCCACCAAGGCCCAGCUCUAUGGCACCACCCGCCCCACCUACCGCCCCCAACCCCAAUCCCACCGCCGCCAGGGCUGCUGCUGCACCCUCUGCAUCUGGCUCACGCUUACCGUCAUUGCGCUCCUUUUCCUCGCCGCCAUUGCCACCGCUAUCCUCUACCUCAUGUACCACCCUCAUCGCCCCACCUUCUCGGUUACUGCCCUCAAGAUCUCCGCCCUCAACCUCACCUCCUCUUCCCUCACCUCCAAGUUCGACGUCAGUGUCACCGCUCGGAACCCCAACAAACACGUCACCUACUCAUAUGACCCUGUCUCUAUCUCAAUCUACACGAACAAGAUCGACAUUGGUGACGGCAGCAUCCCGGCAUUCGUCCAUGGGAAGGAGAACAUCACCUCGCUGAGGACCUCAGUCAUCAGCAACAAGCAACAGCUGGAUAGCAACUCGGCCGGAACUCUGAGGUCGCAGCUAAAGAGCAAGAACUUAGAUAUGGAGAUUAAGAUCGACACGAAGGUGAGAGCGAAGAUGGGAGGUAUGAAGACGCCGAGGGUCGGUAUCAGGGUCACGUGUCGUGGGAUUAAAGCGAGUGUGCCAACUGGGAAGUCUUCUUCCAGAGCUUCAACGGCCAAUGCGAAAUGCAAGGUCGACAUGAGGAUUAAGAUCUGGAAAUGGGUGUUUUAGGCAAAUGCAGAAGAAGACCUGCGGACAGAGAGGAGGAAGAAGAAAAAGAGGAAACAAGCUGGUGGAAUUUCCUUUUACUGUUUUGUAAUGUAAUACAACACUUUGCAUGAUGUUCAAUGUGUUUCUUGUUAGUAAAUCUCGUCCAGUGGGUGGAAUACUAUUCCAGUCCUCCUUUUCCUUUCGUUUUUGUUUUUGUUUUUUUUCAUUUUUUUCAUUACAAAAUAGACCUUAGACCUAAUACAGUGAAAUAUAAAUUUUAAAAAUCAAUAAAGAGACACGAAUAAUUACAUGA